AUGCGCCCAGGCGCUUUUAAAGCGCCCGCCACUGGUUCCCCUUUCCAGCUGGAGAUUACGCUGACCCCCAGCCCCUCUCCCUUGCAGAGUCCCGCUGCCUCCCUCAAUGCAGAGCCUCCGAGCGCCGCCGUCCCCAACAGCGUCCCCGCGGGCACGAGUGUCUCCCCAGGACGCCCGGAAAGGCCCCUGGGGCCGUGCGCACCGCCGGGGCUGGAGGAGGCGCUGAGCGCGCUGGGGCUGGAGGGAGAACGCGAGUACGCCGGGGACAUCUUCGCGGAAGUCUUGGUGUGCCGCGCGCUGCCCCCGAGGGCCCUGCCCCGCACCGUGACCCCAGAGAUGCGCGCUCUAGUGGUGGACUGGCUGGUCCAAGUGCAUGAGUACCUGGGUUUGGCGGCAGACACGCUUUACCUGGCUGUACACCUGCUCGAUUCCUACCUGCGCGCGGACCGAGUGCGUCUACACCGCCUUCAGCUGCUGGGCGUGGCCUGCUUGUUCGUGGCGUGCAAAAUGGAAGAGUGCGUGCUUCCCGAGCCCACCUCCCUCUGCCUCCUGAGCGCCGGCUCCUUCUCACCGGCCGAACUGCUGCGCGCCGAGCGCCGCAUCCUGAGCCGCUUGGAUUUCCGGCUGCACCACCCGGGCCCGCUGCUGUGCCUCGGGCUGCUUGCUGCGCUGGCGGGGAGCAGCCCCCAGGUGAUGCUACUUGCCACCUACUUCCUGGAGCUGUCUUUGCUAGAGGCAGAGGCCGCGGGAUGGGAGCCGGGUCGUCGCGCAGCUGCAGCUCUGAGCCUGGCUCAUCGCGUGCUCAACGGUGCGGGCUCGAGGCCUGAGCCGGCGCUUUACAGCCCCGCGGAGCUGGGCCCUCUCGAACCGUGCAUGUCCCGAGCCGCGCUCCGAGGCCCUGCACCGGGCCGAGCCGCCGUCUUCCUCAAGUACGCGCGACCCCAGCGCCAGGGCACCAGCCUGGCCUCCGCGCGCCUGCUCCGCCGUCCCCAGCCUGGGCCUCCCUGA